AUGUCAUUAUUUUCGUUAUUUUGUAUCAUUCUAGUUGAUCCUCUUACGAGUUCUUUCCCAGUUGAUAUUGGCAAAACAAACUCUAUUGAUGUUAAUUGUCUUCUAAUCUCUGAUGACGAGCUUACCAUUAGCAAUCUUAAAAGACUAAUAUAUAAUAAAAAAUCGCAGUUCUUUGGCGAAGUUGUUGAUAUCGAUGAUCUGACGCUAUGGAAAGUUAGCAUACCUACCAGAGAAAAAAAUGGCAAAUAUGAUAAACUUAAGGAGAAUCCUUAUGUAGAAAUUGUUAAAGAAAUGGGAGGAGAGCAUCCAUAUAAUCAUGCAACCAUUACUGCCCGUCUUAAACAGUCAAUUUCCGAACUCGGUUCUCAAAAAAAGAGGGCGCAUAAACUUGUGAGAAUCGAAAGACCUGUAGAUGUCUUAAGAAAUUUUUAUGUUCCAUUUGAUGUUCUGGAGACAUUUUCAAUCUGGAAAAUCAUCAACUCUACAUUAUUUGAAUGGCAUCAAGGAGAAUUAUUUUUAUAUACAUUCUUCAAAGUUAGCGAUAGGAUCCCUUCAUGGGAGCAGAUAGUAAUCAUGAUUGAUGAAUUUGACCGAUUUUUACUUAACCAAUACCAAAAUACUGUGGAUACAAUCAAUCAGAUGAGAGAACUAAUCAAAUUUGUAAAUGAUAGAGAAGCAGAAGGAAUCAAAUCGAUUGAUUUUGUGGGCAGUUUUUCAAUUACUACAAUGCUUGAAGACGGAAAUUUACAAAUUAAAAGUGUCAUUGAAAUGUCAUCACAGGAGUUAUCACAGAAGUCAUCACAGGAAUUGCCACAGAAUAAGAAACAGAUCCAUUCCCACCUUCAAAAACCAGUAGGAGUUCUAUCACCAUUAAAUUCAGUAAAAAUCAUUGAGGCAUCAGAUUUACCAAAGGACAACACCUGUACUAAUGGUUACGCUAGAUUAGAAGGCCUUCUUGCAUCCUUGUGCAUUAAAUAUGCUAGCAAUAAGGAAAUCCUGGACUUUAAUAAGUGGAAUGAUCGGUUUACAGAAUUUAUUCAUAAUCUUACAAAAAAAAGAUUAGUGCGGCAUCUUUUAGAGCAUUUUUUACAAAGAGGAACUUUAUCAUUAUCAGAAAUUGUUGAUGAUAAUUUAAUUGCCAUUGUACAUUUGCGUGCAAUUGGUAUUAUUAAGAGUCAGGACAACUAUUUUGAGUUUACUUCUAAUAUCAUCCUCGAUCUAUUAUUAAGCAUUUAUUAUCCUGUCUAUGAUAGAAAAGCUCUGGUAAGAAUCCCAGUUAUUAACUCACCUCUAGACUUCUUGAAAACAGUUUUGAACCUUUUAAAGUACAUUCAUUAUGAUGUAAUUUUUGAUCCCUUAGCCACAAACCAACACUCUUUUUCUGAACCAGUUAUUCAAGGAGAACUUUAUGCUUUACUACGUAUGAUUGUAUUAUAUCUAGUAUAUAAGAUUUUUCAUAAAACUAGAACUUUGAAAAAAUCUGAAAAAAAAUGCGACAUCUGA